AUGGAGUGUUUUGCUGAUCUACUAAGUAAAAAUGAGAGCGUUCAGGUUACGGCGGCCGAGAAUUUAAAGGACUUUGUGCAUAGUUCCACAAAAGAACUUUCAGGAGAAUCACUGGCUCGGUUUAAUAACGAAAUUAAUCGAAGGAUUUUUGAACUUAUACACAGUCAUGAUAUUCAUGAGCGAUUUGGUGGUAUCCUUGCAAUUGGGAAACUAAUUGAAUUUGAAAGCGAUGGAGAUAUCACAAACUUGUCGCGGUAUGCAAACUAUUUGCGUAUGACGCUUCCAAGUACGGAUUUUCGCUCCAUGGAACUUUCCGCAAAAGUAUUUGGGCAGCUCGCUGCUUUAGGUGGCACAUUGGCAGCCGAACUUGUCGAAUUCGAAGUCCAACGUGCAUUUGAAUGGCUUCAAGGGGAUCGACAAGAACAGAAACGGAUGGCGUCUGUAUUAAUUCUAAAGUCUUUGGCUCAAAACUCACCAACUUUAGUAUAUUUGUAUAUUAGUGAAAUUUUCCAAAAUCUAUGGAUAACCCUUCGUGAUCCCAAACCUUUAAUCCGGGAAACCGCUGCAGAUGCUUUAGGAGCUUGUCUGGAUGUUGUCUGCCAGCGUGAGGCCAAAGUCCAAUUACAGUGUUUCAGCAAAGUACUAUUGCAAGCCGAAUUUGGACUGCGGCAAUCCAGUGUGGAAUAUUUACAUGGAAGUUUGCUCGCCUAUAAAGAACUUUUUGAAAAAUCCGGUUCUUUUAUCCGUGAACACUAUGUUGCAUUCUGCGAUUUGGUUCUCCGCUUACGCGAACACCGCGAUGGAACUAUACGCCGUUCAAUUUUACUGCUACUAUCUACGUUGGCAGAGUAUAAUCCCGGUAAAUUUCAACUGAAAUAUUUAGAUCCUUUCAUGGUUUAUCUGCUAUCCCAAAUCCGAAAAGACAAAGAGAAACCGCUCGCUUUUGAAGCCAUUGGAAGAAUCGCAAUGGCUGUCAAUGAAGCUAUGAUCCCGUAUUUACAGAGCAUUCUUUUAGUGAUUCGUGAUACUUUGACUACUAAAGUAAGGGAUAGACAGCAACAAGAAAAGCCUGUUUUUAUAUGUAUAGGUAUGCUUGCUGCCGCUGUAAAAUUGGAAUUAUUGGAAGAUUCGCGUAGUCUUUUAGGUCUCAUAUUUUCCUGUGAGUUAAGCUUACACUUGCGGCAAGCACUUGUUAAGAUGGCCGAGAACAUUCCUCCUUUGCUUGCUCCUGUUCAAGAACGUUUAUUAAAUAUGGUUAGUCAGAUUCUUACUGGAAAAAAUUUUGAGAUUCGAAAUAACGACACCUAUACCCCUAGCUUUACAAAUCUUUACUCAGCUAGAGAAACCAAUCAGCAUUGCAAAAACGUAGAGCCUAUCAUUUUAGCUUUGGAAACGCUAGGUACCUUCAAUUUCACAGGAUACUCGCUGAUCAGCUUCAUACAAGAGUCGGUUUUAUCCUAUCUCGAUAAUGACAAUCCCGAAGUUCGUAUUGCCGCCGCCAGAACUUGCUGCCAGGUUUUCGCUAGAGAUCCUGUGUGUCGUAAAACUACCCCUUUAGCUAUUGAGUCUGUUGCUGAGGUACUCGAAAAGCUUCUUACUUUAGGAAUAGCAGAUUCGGACCCCCGAAUUAGAGAAACUGUGCUCUCAUUGUUAGAUGAGCGAUUCGAUCGUCAUCUGGCUCACCCUGAUAACAUUCGUUGCCUUUUCAUAGCUUUAAAUGACGAGGUGUUUUCUAUCCGUGAGAUUGCCAUUGUUAUCAUUGGUCGACUCGCGUUAUACAAUCCGGCUCAUGUCAUGCCUUCUUUGCGGAAAACAAUUAUACAAUUGCUUUCCGACUUAGAAUAUUCGGGGAACAGUCGUCAAAAAGAAGAGAGUGCUCAGUUAUUAAAACUACUCGUUUCCAAAGCUCGAAUGCUCAUUAAGCCUUACAUCGAAUCUAUCAUGCAUGUUAUUUUACCGAAAGGUUCUGAUCCUAGUCCGGGAGUAUCUUCUGCCAUCAUUGCUGCUCUAGGUGAAUUAGCAAGUGUAGAAGGAGACGACAUUCCUACAGACGUUCGGUCUUCUUUUAUGAAGCUUAUUUUAUUUAGUCUUCAAGAUCAAAGCUCAACUUUAAAACGGUUGGCAUCUUUAAAAUGUUUAAGACAACUCUGCGGCGCUUCUGGUUACGUUAUUCAGCCAUACAUGGAUUAUCCCUUUUUAUUAAACAUAUUGAUUGAAAUAUUACAAUCGGAGCAACCAACACCUAUUAAAAGAGAAGUUUUAAGGACCUUGGGUGUUUUAGGUGCCCUUGAUCCUUAUACUUAUUUGGCUACCGAGCAGUUUUCUGAUAAAUUACAGAAAAGUCAGUCGACACAUCAAAGUGUUUUCUCUAAUUUGCCAUGCACUCAAUAUGACUCUUUAGAGAACUAUGCCAUGGUUGCUGUUGUAACCUUGGUUCAGAUUCUCAAAGACAGCUCAUUAGCAAUGCACCAUACGUCGGUCGUCCAAGCAGUAAUGCAUAUAUGCUCUCAACUAAAGUUUAAAUCCGUUGCCUUCCUUCCUCAGUUAGUUCCUACAUUCUUGCAGUUAAUGACGAACUUGUCUCCUUCAUCUGUAGAAUUAUAUUUUCAGCAACUCACAAAUUUGACUUCUAUUGUGGGGCCGAAAAUAAAGGAUUAUAUAUCUGAAAUCUUUAAUCUAUCAAAAGUCUUUUGGAAUACAUCUCCAUCACUUUUACUUGUAAUAAUAGAUUUGAUUGAUUCAAUCGCCGUCGCAUUGGGAGAUGAAUUUAAGUUCUAUUUACCACAAAUCCUGUCUCAUAUGUUGAAAUCCUUCUCUUCGGACACAUCACCAACUAGAGUGAUUUCCUACAAAUUUUUACAGUCAUUUGUUAUUUUUGGAUCUAAUAUUGAAGAAUACAUGCACCUGGUGCUGCCCGUUAUCAUCAGAAGUUUUGAACGUGACUCAGUUCCAUUGCAAUUUCGAAAAAGUGCAUUAAAGUGUAUUUCUCAACUCUUGCAACUAGUUAAUUUUUCCGACCAUGCCUCUCGUAUCAUUCAUCCUUUAGUGCGCAUGCUAACGAAGUCAAACAGUGAACUAAAAAUCGUCAUAAUGGAUACGCUGUGUGCUGUGGUUUCCCAAUUAGGUUACGACUAUGCAGUAUUUAUUCCUAUGAUUAACAAGGUUCUUGUGCAUCACAAGAUAACUCAUCCGACUUAUGAUCUUCUUGUCUCAAAAUUACUUAAAGGUGAGUCCCUACCAAAGGAUUUAAUUGCGAAUGAAUUUCAACAAAUAUCUUCUUUAAAGUUUGAAUUGGAGGAUCCGCCUCUGACCAAAUUACCCGUAGAUCAGUCUUCAUUAAAAGCUUCAUGGGAAGCGUCACAGAAACUCACUCGAGACGAUUGGCAAGAUUGGAUACGGAGACUCAGCGUCGAACUAUUGAAGGAAUCACCCUCUUCAGCUCUGAGGGCUUGUUCUAGUUUGGCUGGCAUUUACCACCCACUCUCCCGCGAUUUAUUUAACGUUAGUUUUCUUUCUUGUUGGGACGAGUUAGGUGCCAGUAAUAAAAAAAGUUUAGUAAAGUCAGUUGAGACGGCGUUAAAUGCACCGAACAUAUCAGUUGAAAUUUCUCAAAUUUUACUUAAUCUUGCGGAAUAUAUGGAAAGAGAGGAUCAUGCUCUGCCAAUAUCUAUUGAAGCAUUAAGUGCACAUGCUUCAAAAGCUAAUGUAUAUGCCAAAGCUUUACACUAUACUGAAUUGCAGUUUAUGGAAGAAACAAAAGAGGAUGUCAGUAUUGGCACCAUUGAAUCGCUAAUUACGAUAAAUAAUCAUCUUCAACAAUCUGAUGCAGCUGUUGGCAUGUUGCAGUAUGCAAAACAACAUAAACAAUUCAACCUUAAGGAAACUUGGUAUGAAAAAUUACAAAGAUGGGAUGAUGCGUUAGCAGCCUACGAGACACGGGAAGCUGAAGGUGAGCACUCUUUCGAAAUUAGUUUCGGAAAACUCCGAUGCUAUUUUGCUUUGGGUGACUGGGAUCAUCUGUCUCAUUUGGCCCAGGAAACGUGGGUUGUGUCUGAACAAGAACAUCGUGAAGCUAUUGCUCCGCUUGCAGCAGCUGCUGCGUGGGGUCUUGGUCAAUGGGGUUUAAUCAGUGAAUAUGUCAGUGCCAUGGAUAGAGAACCUCAAGAGAAGGAGUUUUUUUCUGCUAUCCAUGCCGUACAUCGGUGUCAGUAUGAAAAAGCUUAUUUACAUAUUGAGAGACAUCGGGAUAUACUUGUCAAUGACCUUUCUUCUAUAAUUAGAGGAAGCUACAAUCGUGCUUAUGGUAUAAUGGUGAAGUCUCAGAUGCUAUCGGAACUGGAAGAAAUAAUCGAUUAUAAGAAAAAUGAGUCAUUUGAGGGGAAUUUAGAUUCCUUGAAGAAAACCUGGAAAAAAAGGCUUCGGGGGUGUCAGAAAAAUGUUGACGUUUGGCAUAAUACUCUACGUUUUAGAGCUCUUGUGUUUUCUCCUACACACUCGCCAGAAAUGUGGAUUGAAUUGGCUAAUUUAUGUCGCAGAUCUGACCGACUAAAAUUGGCCGGUAAAUGCUUGAACUACCUAAUGGGCCGUGAUCCCUCGAAACCGUACCCAAUGGAUUCUCUCAAAUCAAUAAAUCCCCACGUUGUAUAUACCUAUUUAAAGUUUUUGUGGGCAAAUAACAACAAAGAGGUUGCUGUGGCAAGCUUAGAAGAAUUUACGAGUUUUUUAUAUUCAAGAAAUAAAACUAAUCGAGCAAUGCCGUUUAUGGAUUCAGGUGAAUUGUCAAAUGAUUAUGAAGUCAGUGAUGAACAAUCAUUUCUUGCGAGAUGCUUUCAUAAACAGGGAAAGUGGAAAAAAGUGUUACAGCGUUCUAUGUUAAAGGAAAGUGUAACUGAAAUUCUGAGUUCUUACUAUAAUGCGACUAUAUGUGACAAAAACUGGUAUAAGGCUUGGCAUUCUUGGGCACUUGUGAAUUUUGAAGUCGUUGGGUAUUAUGAGCAAUCUGAUGCAGGCAUUGGGAGAGAAAUGUAUCCACAAUAUAUUGUUCCUGCGAUUAGAGGGUUCUUUAAGUCAUCUGCUUUAAGUCCUAAAAAUUCUUUACAGGAUAUAUUACGAUUAUUAAACUUAUGGUUCAAAUUUGGCGAACACAAAGGUGUUGCUGCUGCGAUCACAGAAGGUUUUUCCAACGUGCCUAUGGAUACGUGGUUAGAGGUAAUUCCUCAAUUAAUUGCUCGGAUUCACACAUCCAGCACGUCGGUUCGUUCUUCGGUUCAUCAGCUGCUGUCUGAUAUCGGACGUGUUCACCCUCAGGCAUUAGUUUACUCUUUAACGGUGUCUUCCAAGUCUACUAAUAUUCAGCAAAAGCAAUCUGCUAAAUCUAUUAUGGAUAGUAUGCUUUCGCAUAGUGAUGUUUUGGUACGCCAAGCCCUUUUAGUCAGUCACGAAUUGAUCCGAGUUGCUAUUUUAUGGCAUGAGCUAUGGUAUGAGGGAUUAGAGGAGGCUUCUCAGGCGUACUUUACAGACCAUAAUACGUCUUUGAUGAUUGAAAUCAUUACACCUCUUCAUGAGAUAUUAGAAAAGGGACCUUCCACUUUGUCGGAAGUCUCCUUUGCCCAGUCAUUUGGAUACGACCUCCGUAGAGCCAAAAACUGCUGGAAGAAGUAUUUGAAGAGUGAUGAUUCAACAGAGCUGAAUCAGUCAUGGGACAUAUAUUAUCAAGUUUUUAGACGUAUCCAAAGACAGCUGCCCAAAAUCAAGCAUUUAGAAUUGCAGUAUGUAUCUCCGAAGCUUUUGGAUGCUUCCGAUUUGGAGUUAGCUGUACCAGGAACGUAUGGGCAUAACAAGCCUGUAAUAAAAAUUGCUCAUUUCCAUCGUAAAUUUGAGGUUAUCUCAUCGAAGCAGAGACCCCGACGGUUUACCAUUCGCGGUAGUGACGGAAAAGAUUAUCAAUAUGCUUUAAAAGGACAUGAGGAUUUGAGGCAAGAUGAACGAGUUAUGCAGUUAUUUGGACUGUGUAAUACUUUAUUAACGACGGACUCAGAGACUUUCAAGAGACGACUUAGUAUAGAAAGGUAUCCCGUCAUACCUUUGUCUCCAAAUUCAGGUUUGCUUGGUUGGGUGCCUCAUAGUGACACUUUGCACUCGUUGAUUCGCGAUUUCCGUGCUAAGCGGCAUCUCAUGUUGAACCAUGAGCAUCGCAUGAUGCUACAAAUGGCGCCGGCUUAUGAUAGCUUAACCCUUUUGCAAAAGCUAGAAGUUUUUGAGUUUGUUCUGGCAAAUACAGAUGGUCAUGACUUAUAUCAUUUACUUUGGCUCAGAAGCCCCAACUCAGAAGCAUGGUUAGAUCGAAGGAUCAGUUUCACCCAAAGUCUAGCUUUGAUGUCAAUGGUGGGCUAUAUAUUAGGACUCGGCGAUAGACACCCUUCGAACCUAAUGAUGGAUAGAUACACAGGUAAAAUUAUUCACAUUGAUUUCGCCGACUGUUUUGAAGUUGCUAUGCAUAGAGAUAAGUUCCCCGAGCACAUACCCUUUAGACUCACUCGUAUGCUUAUCAACGCCAUGGAGGUAAGUGGUAUUCAGGGGACCUACACAAUUACAUGCGAGCAUGUUUUGAGAGUUUUAAGAUCCAACACGGAAUCUUUAAUGGCAGUUUUGGAAGCGUUUGUUUAUGAUCCUUUAAUUAACUGGAGACUGAUGACGAAGGGUUCGUUUGGAGUUACGACAACGCUUAAAGCAGGCUCAAGCAGUGUGGAAGAGAAGAGCCGUUCUUUUGUUCAUCGAAUCCGGCACUUGGACUAUAUCAAUGAGGAUAAAAAUAAUGAAUCCGAAAACUUGAAUGAAAGAUCUAUCCAAGUUUUAAAACGGGUAUCCAAUAAGCUGACCGGAAAAGACUUUCAUUUAACAGAAGAACUGCCUGUCAAAACACAAGUAGAAAGACUAAUCCAGCAAGCGACAGCACCAGAAAAUCUUUGCCGUUGCUACGUGGGCUGGUGCAGUUUCUGGUAA